UGUCAGAGCAGGAUGAGCGCUGCGAAACGAGCCACGCUGCUGCUGCUGCUGCUGGCGGCCAUCGGCGCCAACGCAUCGCACGACCACAAUGGCUGUCACGGGCUGAACACGCCGCUGAGCAAGACUGACCUGCACGAGGUUUUCGGGGACUGGGUUCUGGUCUGGUCCGUGGCAGACUAUCGGCGAGGCCGGGACCUGCUGCCGAAGCUCAUCAGCUCCCACGUCGAGCUGCGACUCCUUCCUGACGACCACACCGUCAUGUUCAACGAGAGGAACCUGUUCGUGGACGAGUCAUGUACCAAGCACUUCAUCAACAUGUCGACGUCUGACUCUGACAACCACUCACUGCACAACAUCGCUGCCAUGUUGGAGACAGACGGAGUUGUUAGUCACAACAACGAGGAAGGUCAUACGGAUUUCUAUAAGAGCUGCUCCGACUGUCUGCUGAUGGUCUACACGAGCGCCGAGGGCCGAUACCUGCUGAAUUACAGGAGGGAGGGGCACCAUCAGGAUGUUGAGGUGUUGAAAGCGGCCCUCAGCGAUCACCAAAGACUGGCCGAGUCUCUGGGAUUCCCUCUUGACAAACCUUUCAGCUACGAUGGAGCUGCAGAUUUUUGUCAUAAGAAAUCCUCUGCGGUUGAAGAGUCUGGCUGUGACGCACAGAGAGCCAGCACAUAUCAGACCUGUUCUGCACCGUAAAAUAAGUAAAUAAAAUAAAAUAUGCCGUCUGCAGGGUUUUAAAGGCAUGUUUUCAGCCAUGUAAGUUGUAGAUCCAUCCCUUAAGCCAAAAUAAAAAACAGAAGUCCCUCCUCAGUGCUUAAAUAUAUGAGCUGAUAUGCUCCCCCCUUUUUGCUGUAGCCCUUCCACCCUAA